ACAGCACCAACUGGUAUUUAAACUAUUCUAUUGUCUAUUCACUUUGUCAUUGUGAGAAUCUCUUGCUUACAUUCGUGAUGCAAGCUCUGCCAAGGCAGCAUGACAGACAGGAACUCUAAGAGCAAUGACAAUUGUUUAACUUCAUUAUAAAUGAACUAUAAAUCAGUUUAUACUCCACUCCAAAACAAGAUGGUUUAUUUUGAUACACAAUCAUUUCUCUGUUUGCAGUCUAACCUUAACAACACACUUGACUGAAGCUCCCGCGUCAUCAGCUGUUACAUUUUAAGCACAGAUUUCACAGUUAAUACAUUUCUGUACAAUGUCAAUCAGGAUUUUUAUGAUAUCAAGAAUACACGCUCAUGAAGUGAAAUAAAAUAAAAAGUAUUUUUAAACAUGUAUGUGUUUUAGGCAACUGGAAUCUGUGCAGGUCUGACUGUCAUACUCCAAUGUUAAUUUCAUCAUAACACACAUACGCGACACUGUGCAGUCAGUAAUUCACCACUAGACUUCCUUUGACAAAUCAGCUACUGAAUAAACAACCGCAGAAGCAGAAGUACAGUAAAAACAUCAGCAACAGUUCGAACUCUGACAUUUAACUUGAAGCCCUCAUUUAGGAUCGCAGCGUUCAAGAUGAACAGAAAACCAACCGCACCAACUGGGAAAACUGAGGAAGAAGCUGAUUAUGUUAACUCAGCAGUACACACAGUGGAUAAAACAGCCACCACUCCAGACCAGAAGUUUGGCUCCUUCACUCGCUCUUCUUCACCAGUGGCAGGGUGUUGGGUGAUACUGAUCGUUAUCAUGGCCCUUCGUAUUUACUUUACUUCAGUCAUUUCUGAAAACAACAGCAUGCUGAGUGCAGAAAACCAGGAACUGAGGACAAAGAAUCAGCAGCUGGAGACACAGAAGAAAAACUUGACUGAUAUGUUACAACACAUGGAGACACAGUGGAAUGAGCUCAAUGUGAGUCGAGCUCAGUGGAGCAUUGAUCAAUACUGCCCCAUAGUGGGAGCUGUAAGACAGUGUAGGUCUUGUCAGGUGGGCUGGAGACAUGAGGAGUCCAGAUGCUACGUGAUUAAUGAUGUUAGACCUCCUAAUCAGAAAACCUGGGAUGGAGCACAAGCGGUCUGCAAGGAAAGGAUGUCAGAACUGGCUGUUAUAAAUAAUACAAAGGAGAAGCAAUACAUCCAUGCAAUCAGCUGGUACCGUCCAGGAAUCAAUGGAUACUGGAUUGGCCUGAGAGUUGUAGAUGGGAAGUGGACGUGGGUCGAUGGAAGUAAUCUGACUGACUUCUCCUGGAUACAACCAGCGACUCCUACUGAAGGUCACUGUGCCAUUUCUGUCACAGACAACAUCCCAAACAACGGACUGAAAUCAGUGAACUGCAGUGAAACGCACGCAUGGAUCUGUGAAAAGAAGGCUUUGUCUCUUACACCACCUUAGUGAAACUUGAGAAGGUUACCAGAUUGUGGUGCAGUGGUUAGCGCUGUAGCUUCACAUCAAGAAGGUCCUGCACUGG